GGAAGGAAGGAAGGAAGGAAGGAAGGAAGGAAGGAAGGAAGGAAGGAGAGAUAGGUUGGAAGGGGAUGAUAUGUUGACAACAACACAUAGGUAUUUCUGCCCUCAGGGACAGGGCGACAGGACACAAUUAAUGUUCUGGGCAAGAUCUGUAUAAUUUGUACGCAUUUUAAUCCUUAUGACAAUUUUCCACCCUUAUGGCUGUUGCAGCCUCCCCAUGCUCACAUGGUGCUUGACAACCGACUCAUAUUUAUGACGGUUGCAGAGUCCCGGCGUCAUGUGAUCCAUUUUAUGACCUUCUGACAAGCCAAGUCAAUUUGAGCUCAAUUGUGGUCGUAAGUGGAGGACUACCUGUAUUCAAAGUGUGGAGUUAUCGAGGCAUUAUAAAGCGGUAUUAACAUUUCACGUGUCCUUGAUUCUGUCCCGCCAUUAAUGCAUUUUAAGAACAGAAUAACAGAGUUGGAAGGGACCUUGGAGGUCAUCUAGUCCAACCCACUAUUCAAGCCGGAGACCCUAUUCCAUUUUGAACAAAUCGCUGUCCAAUCACUUUUAAAAAUCAUCAGAAAAGCGAAGAUCACUCAAACCCUCAUAUCACUGGAAUAUGAGCCAGCAGAGUGCUGCAGCCCUGCAGAUUUUACUCCGCUAGUCGCGCCUGACUACCUAGACUAGCCAAACCCAAAUCCUGCAACCGUUCUUCACGGUUUUUUGUCUGCAGGCCUUUGAGUUGCUCUUCUCUGCACUUUUCCCAAAAUCUCAACAACUUUUUUGUAACGUGGUGACCAAAACUGGAUGCCACAUUCUCCAGAAGCCCCCCAAUCACCCUUGUUGCUCUUCUCUUGAGCAGUAACUCUUCAUUCCCCCUCCCACGACGUCAGUCUAACCUCCGCAGGGGAGAGGGGGGACCCAGGGGAUGGGGAGGUGGCGAGAACCUAGGCAGGGGAGAUGGGCCAGCCACAGGGGCGGGGCUUCUGGGGAAUGGGCGUGGCCUCUGCACAGGUAAGAUCCCCUGCCACCUGAGGCUCCGGCAGAGCUUUGCGGUCCAGGCUGACUGUUGGGAUUGCUCGCUUUGCGUCCGUGCCUGCCAGACUGUCUGUCUCUCUCUCAACAGCCCCAUGAUGCACUCCCAGAUGCCAGUCCGGUCCCUUCUCUGCGCCCUCCUGAUGCUGCCUCUGGGGAUGCCCCAGGGUGUUUCCUACAUGCCCAUCCCAAGAGCGAUGGUGCCGAUACUCGCGGCCUUUGCCGUGAAGGAAUACAACAAGGACCGGAAUGACAGUCGCACCUACUUUAAGAUAGUGGAAAUUCUGUACACGAAAUCACCGGUGGAUGAUCCGAACGAAUACUAUUUUAAUGCCAGGUUAGCGAAAACUGGAUGUUUAAAGAAGCCCGGUACCACAAUGGCAUAUAGGAAGAUCCAGCAAUGUCGGGAAUUUCAAGGCAUUCCGCAGGUAAUCUGCCACUUUAUAAUCACAUCCUAUCAUGGGGAUACUAUGAGCUUGGACGACAAAGUCUGCGAUGAUUCUGUCUGAAAUCGGCCAUAGAGUCUCUAAAUUCGCAUUUUUUGAGUUUCUGAAAUUGUUCCCUGACAUACACGGAGGCCUUUCCUGGCGCUUCUGUUUUCUCUAAUUUUCAUCUUUGAGAAGAAUCGACAUUUUGCUAAUUCAGUCGAUUAGUCUUAAUAAAGCGAUCGUCAUGACGUUCCGACUUGUCUUCCUUUCUUGCCCAAAUCCCAUCCAGUCUUUCCGUUUUCACGGUGACAGCACAAUGACACCAUGGCUUGUUCAAGAAAGCCUCCAGCCAUUUUGGGGUACUUUCCAAACUUCUGGAAACUUUGAUCUGUUUGACAGUUUUCAAGAAGUGCAAUUAAGAUUUUUAACAGAAUUAAUACUGCUUGUUUCCCAAACUCUACUCCAAUUGGCAUAUUAUGCCAGUGAACAUGCCUAGC